UGAGCUGGGCAGUUCGAAACGACCAGCCACCGCUUGCGGACGUGCUGUCUCCGUUUUCUCUCUUAUCUCGUUUACUGCCGUUUUAAAGACUUAUUCGUUCCGAUAUUCCGUUCAAGCGUAAAUUAGUUUGCAAUUAGUCUGAUUACUGCCGGUAGUCGCGUCUGAGUUAAGUGUCGCCGCGAGUACUCAUAUGUUAAGUGACUGAAGUUCGGUUCUUUGUCGUUGCCGUUUUCGCGAGAGGAGACAGCACUGGUCGUCGCUCCUUCAAGACUCCACACUGCCCCGAGUUGUGAAGCGAAGUCGCCAGUGGGAAUCUCCACGAAGGAAAUUGUGUUCAUUUUAUCGAGCCCAACACUGGAAUACGCCAACGAAAUACGUACACUGCCGCAGCAGCCGUCACGUACACACUCGCCAUCGCAGCAAUACACGAGCUUUGGCCUAGGAUUUCUAAGCAGGGCCCGCGGGAGGGCCGGAGCCUGUGCAUGCUUUCUCACUGCCGCGACCGAAGCACGAUCGCAAGAAAACUAAGUGCGAGUGUGUGUAUACUGACUGAGCUGCCGUUCUCGAUAUCACCAGAAUUGUGUUCAACCAAGUAGAGACAGAAAUCGCUACUCGACUGCCUUUUUAUAAGAAAAUCGUAAUUAGGAAAGUAGGAAACGUACCCGGCGGAGUUGGCCGGAAAUUUAGUUGGAAACGAGCAAAACUGUCCCGGACGGAGUUCAUUGUUUUGAAGAGGACUGCGCCUGUGUGUUGUCCUGGUUUGAGUGUAGUGCGGUUUCGCGAAAGACUGGAGUCGGGAGUCGUGCCAUGUGCCAUAGUGGUGUGUUUACAUUGUGCAUCCUGCUCUGACGCUGGCCCGCCGUGCCCCAUGCAACCAAUUUACUGCUUGCCAGCGUGAAGUGUUGUGAAAAGUGUGAAAGAUAAUAGUCAGCGAGUAUUCCUCAUCCCUCGUGAGAGGAUCUAAGAAGCGGACUGAGGUAUGGCAACGUCAUGCAUCCACGGGGGAACUAACCCACACAGCAACAGUUCGUUCUAGGAGACGAAAGAACAAGAAAGGGCGAUCAAGGCUUUUCAACAAUUAUUGUAUGUUAACCCCGACUUUACACGUGCCAAUGAGGCUCACCUGCGUCUCGGAUUUAUGUUCAAAGUGAAUGCUGACUACGAGGCAUCGCUAAAGCACCUGCAACUUGCACUCCUCGAUUCGGCACCCUGCACCUUCAGCAAGCUCCAGAUUCGUUUUCAUAUUGCCCACCUUUAUGAAGUUCAAAACAAACACAAAGUUGCCAAGGAGGCAUACGAACAGCUCCUUACCGAGAAGCAGCUGACACCAUCAUUAAAAGCCGAUAUUUAUCGCCAAUUAGGAUGGAUGUAUCAUUGCGUAGAAUCCCUAGGAGAGAAACGUCAGCGUGAACAGUUUGCAAUACAUUGCCUACAAAAGUCAAUUGAAGCCGACCCGAAAUCAGGACAAUCAUUAUACUUGCUUGGGAGAUGUUUUGCUGGUAUUAAUAAAGUCCAUGAUGCCUUUUUAGCAUAUAGAAAUUCUGUGGAAGAAAGUGAAGGGAACGCCGAUACUUGGUGUUCUAUUGGCGUGUUGUAUCAACAACAAAAUCAGCCAACGGACGCCUUACAAGCAUACAUCUGUGCAGUGCAAUUAGACAAAACACAUCGAGCUGCUUGGACCAAUUUAGGCAUUUUAUAUGAAAGUUGUAGUCAGCCGAGAGAUGCCUUCGCCUGUUAUUUGAAUGCUACUAGAAAUUGUGAUACAAAUUCACCACAAAUUCAGCAUUUAAACGUAUCAUCAUCGACAUCGAUCAAUUCUGGUCCUGGUGGAAACGCAACAAAUUGUGGUAGCGGGGCAACUACGCCAGGUGUUGGUACUGGUACAGCUUCCGGGGUGACUCCGAUAACGACUAGUGCAAGCUUAUCACCGUCACCAGUUUCAUCAGUGCCCCCUUCACCAUCAAUUUGCAGCAAGAACUUAUUGAAAGAAUUAACAGUUACAUCGAGCGGUGGAAAACCUCAAAGUUUAACACAAAGAAUUAAAUUCCUGCAAUCACACCUAGCCCACGCUCCUAUGCCGAGUAUAACAUCGAAAAGGCGCCAGCUGCUCUCCAUAGAAGAGGCCUGGAAUUUACCGAUAUCGGCUGAAAUGAGUUCGAGACAGCAGCAACAGAGUGUUCAAGCCAAUCAACAGAGACAUUUUCAAAAAGGCGGCUACAAUCAGCCAUCUCAAGGACCGCCACCGCCAUAUCCCAAUCAACAGAACAAUCAUGGUCAAACACCCGCAAAACGUUUCAAACCUGGUGAAGAGCUGCCGUCACAGCAGCAACAGCCUACAACGACCAGUCGACCAGCACCACAGUCUGCAAAUUACCUUUCAUCGAAUCAAUUGCAAAUGUUGCAAUAUCUUCAACAGAAUCAGAAUAACUUGACACCACCUCAAAAGCAGAUGCUGCAGCAUUUAACGCAGCAAUAUCGUUUAAUGCAGCAGCAUCAGCAACAACUACGAUUACAACAAUGUGUUCAGCAGUCUGUCGUGCAAACGGGCUACCAACCGCAGACCGGAGCGCGGGCGCCACAAUCUGGCACUAUCGCACAGCCUGGGGGAUUUGUGGACAAUUCGAAUAAUUAUGCAGCAGCGACGGGCAACACACAGCCAGCUGCUGGAAUGCCCUUCAAAUCAGCAAAUGUUCCCAAUUCGACAGGUUUUCGUCCGCAGCAGUCGUUUAAUACGACGAUGCACCCAACAGGAGCCUUCGGACAGAUCACGUCGAUAGUGGGUCCUGGAACUAAUGAUUUAGGCGUGAGUGAACAAGAGCUUCAGGAGCUGUUGUCGAGGAAUUCAACUUCAUUUGCUGAAGACUUUCUCAAAAAUUUAUCAUCAGACAUCAAAGAUGAAAUACCUUCCGAUUUUGGUUCAGCAGAUGAAAGUCAGAGUAAUAAGUCGCCUACACAAAAAUGUGAAGCGACCUCGACUAGUUCAAUAUUCUCGUCUCGAGUCGGCGCAGUUGCAAAGGAUGACGUGAAAAUUGAACCUGUAAUAAAAGUGGAGAAACUUUUCGAGGAUGAUGAAGUACCUAAAUUUUCGUUAGAUAUGGAAUCGAAAUCUGUGAUAAAUGCCGUGAAAAAACUCGGUCUCAAAGAACCACCGCCACCGUGUUCAGUUCUUCAUCCAGACGCACCUCCGCCAUCACCACCAGAUUGCCCUCCUCAGCGGUUAACCCGCGAACAACUUUUACCGCCCACCCCAUCGGUUCAUCUAGAAAAUAAGAAGCAUGCCUUUAGUCCGCAACUUCAAGAAUUCUGUUUGAAGCAUCCCAUAGCAGUUGUAAGAGGAUUAGCUGGAGCUUUGAAGCUCGACUUAGGGCUGUUUUCAACAAAAACCUUAGUGGAAGCGAAUCCCGACCAUAGUGUAGAGGUGCGGACACAAGUUCACCAAUCACCUGAUGAAAAUUGGGAUGUUCAACAGGGGAAACGAGUAUGGGCUUGUAUAUCACAUCGCUCACAUACAACUAUUGCCAAAUACGCACAAUAUCAGGCGUCCAGUUUUCAGGAUAGCUUAAAGGAAGAACGCGAGAAGAAUAGUGGCAUCCACACGAUGUCUGAUUCUGAUUCGAAGGAUUCACUAAGCAACACUGCCCCUAACGGAAAGAAGAAAAAACUGAAAAAUGGGAAUAAAAUGCUCAGGUUUGGGACUAAUGUCGAUUUGUCAGAUGAACGAAAAUGGCGACCUCAGUUGGCUGAAUUACAGAAGUUGCCGGCAUUCGCCCGUGUUGUUUCAGCAGCAAACAUGCUCUCACAUGUAGGACACGUUAUCCUCGGCAUGAAUACUGUACAGCUUUAUAUGAAAGUUCCGGGCAGCCGAACUCCUGGUCAUCAGGAAAACAAUAACUUUUGCUCCAUCAACAUCAACAUCGGACCGGGCGAUUGUGAAUGGUUCGCUGUACCCGAUGCGUAUUGGGGUGGAAUCCAUGCGCUCUGCGAAAAGAAUAAUAUCAACUACUUGCAUGGAUCGUGGUGGCCUGUCCUGGAAGAUUUGUACAAGGAAAAUAUCCCUGUUUACAGAUUCAUCCAACGACCUGGAGAUUUAGUUUGGGUGAAUGCCGGGUGCGUGCAUUGGGUCCAAGCUGUGGGAUGGUGCAAUAAUAUAGCGUGGAACGUUGGGCCGCUAACAGCGCGACAAUAUCAGUUGGCUAUCGAUCGUUACGAAUGGAACAAACUGCAGAGCUUCAAGAGCAUUGUACCAAUGGUUCAUCUGAGUUGGAAUCUGGCGCGUAACAUCAAAGUUUCGGAUCCAAAACUGUUCGAAUUGAUAAAGAAUUGCUUAAUGCAAACGUUUAAAAAUGUGGUGCAUACUUUGGAAUAUGUAAAAUCGAAAAACGUUGAAGUUCGAUUUCAUGGGCGAGGUAAAAAUGAGGCGUCCCAUUAUUGCGGCCAAUGCGAGGUUGAAGUGUUCAACAUUCUAUUCAUCCGAGAGCAGGAAAAACGGCACGUUGUGCACUGUAUGAGUUGCGCCCGAAAACAGACUCCAUCCCUACAAGGUUUCGUAUGCCUCGAAGAGUAUCGUCUAAGUGAGUUACAAGCCGUCUACGAUGCAUUCGUUCUGUAUCGACCGCCACCGCAAACAAAUCACAACAUGCUGACCGUAUAAUAUUAGAAGAUUAGAAUAACGAAAUUACCGUGAAUGAUUUAGGUUGUAAUUUAGUUCAAUUUUUAAUAUUCUGCGAUAAGUAGGAGAACGUAGGGAUUAAGAUGUAAAGUUACGAAGAGGAAAGAAAUUGAGGAGCAGGAAGAACAUUUAGUGUUACUUUAUAUUUAAUAUUUAUUGACGCGUGUAAUAAAUUCUUUAAGAUUUCACUUCCGAAUAGUAAGUUUGAUAUCUCGGUGUGAAUGUCCACUAAAUUUGACUCCUACAGAACAAGAUAUCAACUAUGAAGUUUUUCACGGGCAGUUCCCAUUUUAAUACCAAAAAUUCCAUUUUUCCUCAUUCAUCUUUUAGAGCUAAGUAAAAAGUUAGGAAACUUCAUUUCUCUUAUUACUAACUUUCACACGUUUUACCCCAAACUCAUAUUACAUACAUAGGGAGAAAGCGCAGGACGGUUUCUUCUAGUGUUUCUAAUAUUUGGAUGCAUUUUAUUGUUCAAAUUUAAUACGGCACAAAUGGAACGAAUCGGUUGAGACGCUUGGGAGGAACAGUUUCUUAAUUAAGGACACUCCCUCUUCAUCCAUUUUUACUGAUUUCCAAAUAUUGGGUGAUGUAAAGAUGUUCAUAGUUAUCUUUACAAUUUUCGGAAUUAAAAAGUACGCUGUAUAAAAAAUGAUGAUACCACCGGCAUAGGCAGUAAAUUAAAAUGUAAAUUAUAUGAAAAUGAUAGGAAGACGAAGUUCGUUGAGUUAAGUUUGGGAUCGAAUCUCUUAGUGAUGGUUUUAUUCGAGAUGUAAAUGUGUCAUGGAAUUCAUGACGGCAAUAUAGGUUACGGUCGAAAGUGGCGUAUACCGAAAUCUCAGUAAAUUUGGCAACUGUAGAAAACAAGCAAUUCAGUACUUCCGUUUUGGCUACGAUUUAUGCAAUUUGGUUUCAAAUAUUUAUUUUCGCAUUAAUUAAAAUUGAUACCAUUUUCAAAUCGACACUUGGCCGAUCAAUUGAGAUUCCUCGGUAUUUUUCCCGGGCACGUCCUACCAACUAAUGUUUGCAUCGUCAUCUUCCUUUUUAUCAAUUCGCUACAAUAUAUCGAUACCAAACUGGCGCUUCCUUAACUUAUAAUCGAGUUUUAGUAAAAUUUUGUUCGAACUAUACUAAUCUAGACGAGGAGGGAAUGUAUAUAAUUGUGUGCAUAAAUUAAGUUUAAACGCAAUGAACAGAAGUAAACGAUUAGAGUUUUAAAGCAUUAAGUAUACAGUUUGUAGAUGAUAAUUACGGUUCGUUUUAUUAAUCUCACUAUAUAAAUUAUUAACAUACGAAUUAGUAGUUGUAUAUACGCGUAACUAGGUUAUUUUAACGGAUUAUAUUGCUACAUUAAUGUACGUUUAUGAGCGUGAACGUCAAAGGCAAAGAAUGAUCUCAAACUAUAUUUUCCUCUUGUUUAUCUUGAGAACCAUACAGACAGGAAUGUCAGAAUGCGUUAGUUUAUCAGGUUUUUCAUAUGGAAUGUCAGAUGUUGGAUCAACUUGGAUGUGUUUAGCCGCACCCAACAGGUCGGUUAGCAUUCGGCGAUUACCCGUGAAGUUAGCAUCUCUGCGAACAAAGCAUAUUAUGGCACUUGUUUCGAUUAAACCAAAAACUAAAUUGUUCACAUUAAAUAUCAAAGUGACGAGCUUUAUUUCGGAAUCUGAAAUCGGACAUUCUAUAUGCAAUCACACGAAAGGGUUUUUUACUAUGCAUUUUUAAGUUCAAAAUUUAAUGGAACGUUUCUGAUUUAAAAACGGAAUAUUUCUACCUUUAUAAAAAAUAUCCCAUUAACGAAAACACGUUUCCUUGUAAUUUUGUAUAAUUCUGUGGAGCGGAGAAGAGGUGGGGAAAUCAUAAUAGCACUUUCGAAUAGAGUUGGUGAGUGAAUAUGUUGCUUGAAACAAUAAGGAAGUGAUUCAGGGAUAUGCAGAAUUAUAGCUUAACACAGUAUUUUUAAUCAAACAUUGAAAUGGACAAGUUAUAAAUGUACCGCGUAAUGAAUUUUAAGAAUGUAGUACUACCCAGGGACAUAUGAAGGGAUAUGAAUGAAUUGCUUAAGCACAUUGUUGACGAAGAAAGUCGAGCGACUCAGGUUACAGGUUAGUUGCAAUCAAGUUAUAUGGAGAGCAUAAAAUUAUAUUAAAUAUACAUUGUAUAGUGAAUUUCUUUUUGCUUAAAAUUCUUUUAUGGACAAAUAUCGUCAUUAGAAAAAGAAAGCUAACUGCACUCCAUUGUUCCCUAUUCUGCGCAGGGCACUUUUUGCCCAUGCUUUUUUUUUUCUAUUAUCAAGAAAAUGAUGUAGUGAAAUUUCCGAGGUCAAACAACGCGGAUAGAGUAGCAGAAGAUGAGUUUCGAGAUUAGGAAGAAAUUUUCUGUCAACAUACUAGCAUCAGGUUUAAAAUGAAAGUUCAAAUUCGGAAAGUAGGUUGUAAGGUUUAGGCGCGUUAAGGUAAAUGAAAGGAAGUAAGCUAGCUAUUUUUGGUCGAAUCUUCAAUAGUAGACAUCACUAUGUUCCCAACUGACUGAAGGCGGAGAGUGUUUUGCAAACGAACGUAUAGUUUUGUAUUGUGUGUAGAGAGAACUUCGUAAGAAAUGUUCUACAAACCGACUCCACUAUUCCUGCAUUCAGAGAACUAAACUCAAAAUUCGAUUAUAUCGCGAUGUUUCGCUUUUAAAACUCAAUUUCGAUGCUACGAACUGUUAUGAUCGUAGUCGUUGGAAAAUGAAACUUUGUUUUCUUUCACUGAAUAUGCAAAAUAUUCACGAGAAUUUUAAAAGUCGAAAGUAUAAUUUUGCACUCCCGAAAAAACAGAAUUGCAUUGUUUGGAAUAGAGGAGGAAGAACUGUUCAGACAAAUUCUAGCUUUCUGUUGAUAACUUUUUGUUCAAUGAUUUCCCGCCAGCUAAUUUUGCCGGCCAAAUCAUUCAUUGAAUAAAGUCAAAGACAGUCAAAACUUAACAUAAAUUAUGUGUAUAAAGCAAAUUUAUAUAAGAAAUCAAUCGAUACAAAAACAAAAUUUGUUUACAAUUAGAAAAAUAAAUGACCAGUUAUCACUGCCAAUAUUUAAAGAAAGUAAAAAACAUAAUGAAAAUGCUAUUACGAAGUGUAGCAAGAUGGUACGCUGUUCGCAAUAUGAACGUGUAUUUAUGUAUGUAAUAUUGUAAAUAGACAAAGAAAAAUGCAAAGUAACAGUAAAUUAAUAUGUAUUGAAUAAGAAAUCAAAUAGGCAUAUAGAAGAAUAAAAAAGAAGUCAUAAAAACAA